AUGCGCAGCCAGUCUUCAUCGCUUAGUGUGAUGGAUUUCACACCUGGCAGCUCUCACGGCUCGGUCGGAGAUGACGAUGAGAAUCAUGAGCAUCGUGCCCAUGGAGUUUCCAUAGUACCACAGCCUGACCUGACCAUGGAUUCCAGCCGGAUUCUCCAGAACCACCUUGCCUUCAUGGUUCGAAGCCUCCAGGAUCGUGUCUCCCGCCUCGAGGAGAAGUAUCUCGACGACAAGACUCAGACUGGUGAUGCGACCGCAAUCGACGAGAUCAAAAGUCAGAUCUCGCAGCUUCAGACCAACCAGAAGGCCUUGAAGGUAACCAAUGAGAUCAUACAGAAGCAGCUCAAGGAUAUGAUAAAGGUCAACUAUGCCAUGCUGGGAGGCAUCGAUUCCAUCCGUGCAAAGCUCGACGCUCAAGCCAAGUCUCUGAAGCCCGUCGAGGGACUGGCCGAGCGACAGGUCAGAGAUGACAUCUUGCCUGUCUGGAAGCGCAGCAGGUACGACAUCUUUGGCUCCAAGCUCGAGCAAUGCAAGCCAUUGGUUCCACCGGAGCGUUUUGGCUUGCUCCCGAGCCCACACGACGAGACGUACGAGGACCUCAUCCGCCGUCGCCGGCAGCACAUCAAUGCCAGAAAGGCCCAGUUCAAGGAUACUUGCGACAGCCUCUCUCACCUCAGCACUGACGUCAAUGAUAAGGAGGACCGGAGCACCAUCGUACCAUCGACCACAGCUUCUGAGAAGCUGGCGUCCCCCAAGAGCACUCUGGCGGUCCCCGACCACGGCCUUGCAUUUCCUAUGCUUCCCACCGACCACACAUCAGUUCGCGAGCGAGUCUGCUCGGUGUGCUACAAGGUGAACUGCACCUUUCCUUCUCACGGCCGGUCGGAUUGGACCGCAUCCAUUGUGGUUCCUCGAGCUCCUCGAGCUUCUCAUUCCCUGGCCGACAUCCGCUGUGCUCGUCGUCGCGGUGCAGAGUCAUGGACUCUUGAUCCGUGA